AUGGUGGUUGUGACGGGUGGGGAAGCGAGAGGAGGCGCGGAGAAAAAGCAAACGAUGGUGACAGGAGCGUCGACAGGACACUUGUGUCUCGAUAGGGAGCGUGCCGAGGUGGUACUUAGUCGUGCGCCAUGCAGCCUCCCGAUCAUGGCAAGACAAGCCGGUGGUUCCAAGCGAACGACGGCUCAGCGCAGCGCGCCGUGUGACGUUUGGCAGAGCGAGCAGCGAGUGGAAUAUGCGGGCUGGGUGAUGUGGAGGGGGCAGGCGAGUGAUGGUGGAGGUGGAGGGAAGAGUAGUAGUGGUAGUGGCAGUAGCAGUGGCAGUGGCCGUGGCAGUGGCAGUGGCAGCGGGUUAUUUGCAGGCAUGUAG